ACACCUAUUGUAGAUCCGGCCUUACGCUUACACAGGUUACGCCGCAUGUAGAAUCACCCUAAUACGUCAUCACAUAUUACGAACUUUAAUAAUUUCUCAUCAUAAUAUCGAAUUAGACUCUCCAUCUCUAAACUGACAUUUAAAUAUGAAGCCAACGCUCGUGGCUGAUGAAAUGUUUCCUGAAGGAGCUGGACCUUACGUUGAAUUAGAGGAGGUUGGAGGUAGCAGAUUAUUAGUGGAUCUUACAGCUAGUGAGAAAGCUGUCCAUUCAGAAUUUUUCAAUGGUAUAUAUCGUACAUUAAAUAAUAUAUGAAUUUGAUGAUCUUUACGAUGAUGAUGACUUGGAGUAAGACAGCAUUUCUAAGAAAUUCAACUACACAAUGCUUUUUGUACAGAUUGCAAUUAACUUAGUAUUGAAGCAAACAAUUUUUUGUUCUCUUGCAAAUCCAUGCAAAAACAUGGGUACAGUAUAGAAUCAGUGGACACCAUAUGUUAUCAGUUACGUUCAGCAGAAAACAAUGUUUUAUAAUUUGUACUGAUAAAAUAAUGAACACUGUUUUUGUCAUGCUCUCGCUGUUUACUUUUUUAAAGCUUAAUGCUAUCACAAUCAAUAUCAUUAUACUAUUAUUUUAGAUACUUUAUAAAUAUCGAAAAUAACAAUUGUUAUCAAUUAUUGUUAACAUCAAUGCAGUAUAUUUUCAAUAUACUGAAAAAAGAAAUACAGCAUUUGAGAUAAAACAA